AUGUUGUUCGAACGUUUACUCACUACCCUCGCGGUCUCGGUCCCAUUCGUCAUGGCUGUUGACCUUACCGGCUACGAAUAUGUCAUUGUCGGUUCUGGAGCCGGCGGCGGUCCAGUUGCAGCCCGUCUCGCUCUCGCAGGCCACAAGACCCUCUUAAUUGAAGCUGGCGACGAUCAAGGUGCAAAUCUCAACUACACCGUCCCAGCCUACUCAGCACGCUCCUCUGAAGACGAAAAUCUGGCCUGGAAUUUCUUUGUCCGCCACUAUGCGGAUGAUAAGCGGCAGGCUCUUGAUUAUAAGACGACAUACGCCACUCCAGAUGGUGGCGAAUAUACCGGACUGAACCCUCCUGCGGACUCAGUCAUGAAGGGAACACUGUAUCCUCGUACUGGUACACUUGGCGGCUGCACUGCACAUAAUGCUCUCAUUGCGGUGUACCCUCAUCAAUCCGAUUUUGAAUACAUCGCCACCCUGACAGGCGAUGCUUCUUGGUCCGCCGACAACAUGCGCAAGUAUUUCACCAAACUUGAGAAGAACCAGCACCUUCUCCCGGGCCUCCCAGGCCACGGCUAUGAUGGCUGGCUGGAGACCGAGACAGCUCCACUGAGCAUUGUCUUGGAAGAUCCGCAACUUCUCAGUGUACUCACUGGUGGAGCCUUCGCACUCGGCAAUGAGACGAACUCGGUCAUCAAUUUGGGGACCUUAGUUGCGGGAGAUGCUAAUGCGGAUUCUGAGACUCGCGAUACUAAGCCUGCUUAUUAUCAGAUUCCUCUCUCCACCAAUGAUGCGCAUCGCACUGGUUCUCGCGAAUUUGUGAUUGAUGUUCGCGAUGCGAAAAAUGCAGACGGAAGCAAAAAGUACCCCCUCGACGUCCGCACCGACUGCUAUGUGACUAAAGUUCUCUUCGACGAGACUUCUCAUCCACCGCGUGCCACUGGAGUCGAGUUUCUCGAUGGGAAGUACCUGUAUAAAGCUAGUCCAAAGUCUAAGAACGCGGGCUCCGGUAUCCCUGGAAGUGUCACUGCCUCACGUGAGGUCAUUGUUGCUGGCGGUACAUACAACUCCCCUCAGCUUCUGAAGCUGAGUGGAGUUGGUCCCGCCGAGGAGCUCCAGAAAUUUAAUAUCCCUGUCAUCUCUGACCUGCCAGGCGUUGGAACAAAUCUCCAGGACCACUACGAAAUCUCGGUACAGGGAAAAGCUCCUUCCAACUUUUCCUCCCUUAACGGAUGUACAUUCGAUGAAAGCGAGAACGACGAAUGUCUCAACCGAUGGAAGAACCCUGUCCUCGGAGAUCACGGCCUCUAUUCAUCGUCUGGACUUGCAGCAGCCAUGUUCUUCAAGAGCAGUGCCUCGGUUAACAAUGAGUUCGACGUCUUCACAUUCGGAGGGCCUGUGAACUUCCGGGGCUACUUCCCUGGAUACGCUGUUAACGCAACUGAAGACCACGACUGGUUUACUUGGGCCAUUCUUAAGGCUCACCCACGGAACACUGCAGGCAGCGUCACUCUUCGCUCCGCUGAUCCGCUUGAUGUUCCGGACAUUGUGUACAACUAUUUCGACACUGGUAAAGGAGAUUAUGAAGGCGAUUUGGUUGCCCUCUCAGAGGCUGUCUCUCUGGCCCGUGAUGCUUUUAAUCGCCAACUCGUGGAGAUUGACGAAAUAUUACCUGGCGCCGAUGUUGUCGACGCCGCCGCCAUCAACGACUACAUCAAGAACACUGCGUGGGGACACCACGCAUCAUCUACUUGCCCCAUUGGUGCUGAUGACGAUCCGCUUGCUGUCCUGGACUCCAAGUUUCGUGUUCGGGGUGUGCAGGGCUUGAGGGUCGUUGAUGCUAGUGUCUACCCCAGGAUUCCCGGUACCUUCACUGCUGUAUCGACAUACAUGGCGGCUGAGAAGGCAGCUGAUAUAAUCCUUCAGGAUCUUCGCGAAGCUACAAAUAGUACAGUCAACACACGUUCAUCCGCUUGA